AUGUUCAACCCCAACGCCCCCAACCCCCGCCGCCCAAGCCACAGCCUCAACACCCCCGUCCCAAUCCUCAUCGACUCGGACGAAGAAAUCUCCGACGCAGACAACGAGAGCGAGAAUGACUCCAUGCAGGUGGACGAGUAUCCCCAGCACCAGGCGCGUGAAAUGGGCGGUUACAGUCUCGAUCCAACCAUGCAAUUCGCACCCGCUGAUCCCCGCGUGCGUGGCCAUCGCCAACAUCACCACCACCCCCACCAUCCACACGGCACGUACCAUACCUCCAUCGAGCAGGAGAAGAAAGUCCGCAGUCGACUGCGCGAGGAGCGCCAUGCUGCGCUUUGUGUGUUGAUGGAUAGGGAGCUGCUUACUAUCCAAGCGUUGGCUGCGCAGGAGACCCUCCCCCAAGCCCGCCGCCGCUUCCUCUCCAAACUAAUGGCCCCCGAAGACGCCGACAUCGCAGCCUCCAUCCGCGCAGACAGAUUCACCAUCCAGCCCAACACUACCACCACCACCAGCAGCGGCAGUACCCAAAAACGCCACCGUCCAUCAUCGCCCUCCGCACCGCAGUCAUUCGUCACCUCGUCGGCAUCAUCAGGGUCCACACCUAUCACCGUCCAUCGGAAGAUCGUAGACGCGUACGGCGUAGAUGAUGAUGGGUGGAAGAGGCCGGAGCCGGUGAUUCCGCCUGGUUCUGGCUCUGGGUCUCGCUCCGGCGGAAGGAAUUCGUCGGGGUCGGCAUCGCCUGCGCCUUCUUCUGUUGCGUCGGCGAGGAGGGAGAAUGCGACGCCGUCGAAGGGGAGGGCUGUUUCGGGUUCUGGGGCGGGGUCUGGGUCUGGCUCGGCGAGUCGGAGACUACAGCGGGAGCGGGAGCGGGAGUUGGAGAGACGGCGGAGGGAGGGGUCUGAUGAUUACGAUAAUGAUGAGGGGGGUUUUUGA